AUGGAUUUUAACACGCUGGUCGAGAAGGCAGCCCGCACAGAUGAGCUGACAUAUGUGGAAGGUUGGCUUGUUUCGCAUGGUACAGCCUAUUGGAUGGAGACGGGAAAUAAGGAAAUGUUAGAUGUAAUCCGGUGGCCUGCUGAUAUUCGCGACAAAUAUCUACUCGCUUUGGAUGUCAUCCAGACGGAAACCGACCGAAAGGCGAGGAAGAACGGUAAUAUCGCUGUUGAGAGAUAUCAGCAAUUCCUGGAGGAACGUAGGAACCAGAUAUCCGUGGACGACCGCAAGAAUACCCGAUGGGAUGAUGCGGCCUGGAGACAUUUCACCGCCGCGGUCGAUCUUAGUCGCUGGAAGAUUCAGUGGGUGAAGGAUCCGACACUGGAUAAUGCUAUGCUUAAUGACCUCUGUCAGUACUUCCAACAAUUGCGGGACAAGAAUAAGAUUGAGCCGGGGCUGAGAUAUGAUACCUUCCUAUAUGCCAACCAGGCUGCUAUUCAAUCAUCUUUGGACCAUUUUCCGUUACCAGAGCGUGGCUUUGUUAUGACCGCUGAUCCUUCUCACAGCCUAAGUAAACUGCCAUUUACCCGCACGGGUUCGAGUGCGAAGUCGUUGUCGCUCUAA